AUGGAUGGCGACGUGUUUUUGGCCUUCCUCCCCGGGGCGGCGCACGGCCUCACAACGGUGGCACUGGGGCACCCGCUCGACACCGCCAAGACCCGCAUGCAAGCGUUAGGCCCGAGAGCCAGCAGCUCUUUCCUCGUCACCAUGUGGAACAUGGCACGUGCAGAGGGGGUGCAGAGUCUCUACCGCGGUGUCACCCCACCGCUGGUGAUGUCAGCGACGAAGCGCAGUUUACAGUUCGCCGUGUGGGACGCGCUUCGGAAGUCGGACGUCCAACACGCCGCGCCGGCGGGAACUUCCUCCUCGUGCGGUGGGAGUAUAUUCCCUCACCUGGUUGCAUGGGCGCGGGCGUCACCGUUUCUCUCAGGGGCGGUUGCAGGUGGCUUGGGGACCUUCAUUGGUUGCCCGAUGCACGUCAUAAAGAUUCAAACCCAGUUUCUCACCCACCACGUGACGAGGAAUGCCUGGACCUGUGCGCUUGACAUCUACCGCGACGAGGGCUUUUCUGGAUACUACCGCGGGUUUCGCUACCAUAUGGUGAAGGACGUCUUAUUUGCCGGCAGCUACUUGGGCUUCUACGACGGAAUUAAGCGGUGGCUGCGUGACUUCAACGCGGCGUCCGCCCACACGAAGUGGGGUCCGCGCGUGGCCGCCAUCGUAGGCGGCUCCGGGGAGCGUUCGAGGAGCCAACUGGCCUUCCUUGCCGGCAGCACCUCCUCCAUGCUCACGUGGGCCCUGCUGUACCCGCUAGACACCAUCAAGACCAUUGUGCAGGCCCGCAAAGUUGGCCUCCUGCAGGUGGUGACUAUCUUUAGGCAGCAGCGGGGCGCCAUGUACCGUGGACUGGGGGCCUCGCUCGUGAGGGCGGGUCCUGUGAGCGGUGCGGCGAUGGUGGUGUACGAACUGGCGAAGAGCAAGGCGGAGCAGCUGCUGCUGCACAAACAAACACGCGCAACGACGGGUGCGGGCGGAAGCGUCCGGUUGUAA